CGAACGUGUUCCAGGGUCGAUAGCUGACUCGGCUGUUGAUGCAGAAGAGGAUUGAUGUAUCGCGUAUUUCGAGACCUUCGCCUGUCGGCGGUACACACGGCUUUCUAGUCGACCGCACCGAUCAUUACGAAUGUCGCGAUCCGAAUGCGUCUGAUACGUGUGCUUUGACAUGGUCUCUCUUGGAAGUCACAAGGAGAGCCGGCACUCUCAUGUACUCAUGCCAGUACUUCUAAGUGCCUGCGCUAUCCCGAUUUCGAUGUUCUUCUGGAUAGUCAACGUGGUUUACUCGAUACUAUGGCCAGACACCGUCAACUUGACAGAAGAACACUCAGUGAUUUCACCAUGGAGAUGGUUGGCUGCAAUUGUAAUUCCACUUAUAUUCUUGUUUUGGGGUGUACGCAAGAAAAGUCUGGACAUUAGCGGUGGAAUUCUUGGUUUUUUUAUGGGUUUUAUCCUGACACUUUCGAGUUUUGCUCAUUUAAUGGCUCUUGUGACGUUCUUCGUCACUGCAUCAAAGGUAACGAAAUUUCGGUCUGAGCAAAAGAAGAAGAUGGAAGCUGAUUUUAAGGAGGGUGGCCAACGGAAUUGGAUCCAGGUUUUGUGUAAUGGUGGCAUGGCUACGCAAUUAGCCUUAUUAUAUCUAUUGGAUGUUGGGAGCGGAGAACGACCAAUUGACUUCGACAAGGAAUAUCGAAGUUCAUGGUUAUCCAUUGGAAUAAUAGGGGCAUUUGCAUGUUGUAAUGGUGAUACAUGGGCUUCUGAGCUUGGUACAGUGAUUGGCAUGGGUGAUCCUUUCCUCAUUACGACGAGGAAAAAAGUUCCGAGAGGAACAAAUGGUGGUGUAUCAUGGAUAGGUCUGAUAUGUUCUGUCAUUGGUGGUUUAGUAGUUGGACUUUUUUAUUAUAUUAUGGUAUUAAAUACCGUUGACACAGCCGUACUGCAAUUAGCAGCACCACAGUGGCCCAUCAUAAUCGUCGCAGCAUUCGGAGGUCUCUUUGGCAGCAUUUUAGAUUCUAUUCUCGGAGCGACUUUACAGUAUUCAGGAGUUGACGAAAAGGGUAUUAUAGUCGAACGGCCAGGUAAAGGUGUAAAACACAUUUGCGGAAAACAAAUUCUAGAUAAUCACAGUGUAAAUCUCCUUUCUACUAUUGGUAUCGCACUUAUUCUUCCGAGAAUAGCCAAUAUCUUCUGGCCAUAAAGUCUCUUCUAGAUGUAUUUUAAAAACAGAAUAUUCUUCU